AUGGAUUCCUCACCAACUAGGGCCUUCCUGGCUCCUGCCGCUGGCAUGAAGCGUCCGGCGUCUCUGCUGCCUGCCUUCGAGCCCUUGAGCUCGUCCCCCUCUCUUCCUAGGCCCCAGAAGCGUGUCGCACGCGAACCCGCCGUCUCAACCUAUCCUACCCCCGUGCCAACCUCCUCGACACAUAUUAUGUCGUCUUCGCCGCCCGGAAUUGCUGCCGCCGCUCGAUCUGCAGCGCGUCGUACCUUCUCUGCCGCGUCGGAACGAACUCCCUUGUCCGCGGUCCCUACAAUCAUGUUGCCCGAAAAUGGCGAGUCUAUGCUCAUGGGUCGGUCCAGUGCUUCAUGCCACCACCAGUUAGCUGCUAGCCGAAUGAUUUCUCGUAUUCAUGUCAAGGCCACCUACAAGCCGGCGCCAAACCCCUUCGAUCGGGACAGGGUUGAGAUUAUGUGCAUGGGUUGGAAUGGAAUCAAGAUUCACUGCCAGGGAAAGAAGUAUGAUUUGGCUAAGGGAAAGACAUUUACAUCGGAUAUCAAGGAUGCGGACAUCAUGAUUGACGUGCACGAGGCACGCGUCUUGGUGCAAUGGCCCCGGAACGAAAAUGAUAGAAAGGAUUGCCCGUCUACGGACUCGGAACAAACUUGGGAUGAAGGCACACCGACCCAGAAGAAACUCCGCCGGGUACUACAGGACAGCCCUUUUGUUGAAAACGAGCGUCUGGUUUCUCCACUCUCGCCAUCGCCUGCCGUGCAACGUGCUGUUCCGCCUUCGUCGCCCCUCUUCACUCCCUCUCGUGCCCGUGGCGCGGUCGUUGUAUACGAAGACGAGCCCUCCCCCUUGAAGCGUCACAACACCGUUGGCGGCAUUACUUCCCACAGUGCUCGCCGUGCCAGUGAAAUGCUGCAGAUCUCGCAGUCUAUUGAUAUCAGGAGGCCCGAGGAGGAGUCUGAUAACGACGAGGAAAACGACCCUAUUGUCCACUCCUUUGGUCCCUUUGGUGAAAACCUGCUUCCCCGCAUGGCCUCCUUCCAUGCUGGUGAUUCUCCCAUCCGUUCUGCGCGUUCGCCUCGCAGCUUGCUGCCGGCGCAGCCGCUCCAGCCCAUCAAGUCUCCCAAGCAGCCAUUGAACUCCCACGAGCAAAAGGAGCAAAGCGAGACCACUGAGAAAACCCAGGAGGAGGACGAGAGCUUUGAAAGAGUUCGUAACCAUACCGUGAACCAGCUGGCCUUCUCUCGCCUGUCAUCGACUCCAUUCUCCACCAUUUUGAACAACCUUCCCCCUUCGUACUGGAAGUCCAACGCAUCCAACACUUCUGGCCCGUCUCGCUCGAACAUUCGCAGCAUCCUCGAAAACACCAAGUGCAUCGGCAAGGUCGCGCGUGAAGGCAAAGAUGCCGCUGGCCAGCCCCUCGAAAGCGAGUACUACUAUAUCCCCGACUUCGAUGAGGACAUGGGACGCCGCGAGACAGUGGUGAACAACCUCAGGAAGCCCGGACUCCGCAACUGCCGCAAGCAGCACAAGCAAUACUUCUGGAAGAAGCCGAAAUAA